UAUGCAUUGCCAUUUAAGCACCACCGGAGCUGAGACAGACAUCGACAGAGGUGACGUGACCGAGAGCACUUAAAAUUCUAUUUUACACGGGAAUUUGCAAUUUGCUAAGUUAAUCAUGCCAGUCACAAAGGUUCAUGCCCGAGAGAUCUUUGACAGCCGUGGAAACCCUACGGUUGAGGUUGACCUCACAACCGAAUUGGGUACCUUCCGUGCUGCUGUACCGAGUGGUGCUUCAACCGGGAUCUAUGAGGCCCUGGAGCUGAGGGACAAGGACCCCAAAAGGUUCCUGGGCAAAGGUGUUGAGAAGGCAGUAAGUAACAUCAAUGACAUCCUUGGUCCUGCACUUAUUGCAAAGAAUGUGGAUGUGACAAAACAGGGUGACAUUGACAGAUUGAUGCUAGAUCUUGAUGGAACUGAUAAUAAAACUGAGCUUGGAGCCAAUGCCAUCUUGGGUGUCUCCCUAGCCGUGUGCAAGGCUGGAGCAGGCCAUAAGAAGGUCCCACUCUAUAGACACAUUGCUGAUCUAGCUGGCAACUCAAAUGUUGUCUUGCCAUGCCCAGCUUUUAAUGUGAUCAAUGGAGGUAGCCAUGCUGGUAACAAGCUUGCUAUGCAGGAAUUCAUGCUGCUUCCUACAGGAGCUAGCUCGUUCAAGGAAGCGAUGCGCAUGGGAGCUGAGAUCUACCAGAACCUCAAGUCUGUCAUCAAGAAGAAGUAUGGGCAGGAUGCUACCAAUGUAGGAGAUGAAGGUGGAUUUGCUCCCAACAUCUUGGACAACCAAGAAGCAUUGAACCUGAUCAUGGAAGCUAUUGAGAAGGCUGGAUACUCUGGUAAGAUUGAGAUUGGGAUGGAUGUAGCCGCUUCAGAGUUCCACAGAGAUGGCAAAUAUGACCUGGAUUUCAAGAACCCCAAGACCAACCCCAACGACCAUAUCACCUCUGACCAACUUGGUGAUAUCUACAUGGGUUUCAUCAAAGAUUAUCCAGUUGUGUCGAUUGAAGAUUGCUUUGACCAAGAUGACUGGGCAGCCUGGACCAAGUUCUGCGGUUCUACUGAUAUCCAGAUUGUCGGUGAUGAUUUGACUGUAACCAACCCCAAGCGUAUCAAACGGGCCGUCGAUGUGAAGGCCUGUAACUGCCUGCUUCUCAAGGUCAACCAGAUUGGGUCUGUCACAGAGUCCAUUGAGGCGUGUAAGCUUGCCCAGAGCAGUGGAUGGGGUGUGAUGGUAAGCCAUCGUAGCGGUGAGACCGAAGACACAUUCAUUGCUGACUUGGUGGUUGGUCUGUGCACUGGACAGAUCAAGACUGGAGCUCCAUGCAGAUCAGAGAGGCUUGCUAAAUACAACCAGAUCCUCAGGAUCGAGGAAGAACUAGGAAACAAAGCAAUCUUCGCUGGCAAGAAGUUCCGCCAUGCUAUCAAUCUCAUCAAGUAAAGAUGUCUAACUCAUUGGCCGAUGGAACUGGAUUAUCGUGCUUUUUAAUACCCUUUGUAACACAAGUAUGAAUACCCAUAGUUUGAUAACCUCCCAAGAAAGGUAUGCAGGUAUUUGUGAUGGUUUGAAUAUUUUCCUCUGUUUGAGAAUGCGCUCUUAGAGGACGUGGAUGAUAGUUGGUGUUCAUUGCAUGUUAUUGAUAUACUCUUAAACUUGAAGCACUGAAAUCUUUAACCAAUAUAUAUAUGUUAGCCAUCUCUGUCAUAUCCUAUGUACCCUAGAUGUUCAAAAUGUCUCCCUCUAACACCCACUUUAUGCCAGCCGUUUACUGAGCUUAGCUUCUGUGAGGCGAUGUGACAUGUUGAACAAUGAUUUUGGAUGGUGCCCUCUUUGAGCAAUAAACGGUCAAGAAAACACUCCAUACAUUACCUUGAUAUAACAUUUGUGUCAUUGUGUACCAUCACCAUCAUUAUUCUGUGAGUUUUCAUUGUAUCACUUGAAAUUUGAAAAAUGAGUGAUCUACAAUUUAGUCUUCUCCGUUUCCAAAUGAGAACAGUCUACCAUGACAAUUGUACUAUCCUUUAACAGGAAAGCCAUUUUGCACAUAAGUGCAAACUGGAAUUGAAUCUAGAGGCUUUAUAUUUCGUACGAUGAUUAGUAACCUAGAAACUAAAACGAAUUGACGGGUUAGUACUUGCUGUGUGUUGUGAAUUAUUUUUUUUAACUUUCCAAACACUGCCUCCAAAUAAGGAAUAUUUGAAAGAAGUGGACUGGCACGACAAUAGUUAUCUGGUCUGAUACACACAAUCCCUCAUGGCUCACAAUUUAUAAUUGUUAUAUUUUUGUUUGUUGCUUACAAAGUGUUGCUUCAUUGAUCAAUGGUGUAAUGCCAAUUUUUGUUCUCCAAUUGAGUGAAUUGCAUUGGACAUAAAUAUUAUGCUGUAAGAUUAAUAGUGUGCUCAGUACAGAGCUCCGAACUAAUGCAUCUACUCGUUCCUUGUAUCUUCAUCUCAAAUGCACACUACAGGCUCCAACUCGUAUGAAAAGCAACUUGUUUUCAGCCGGUCUAAAUAAUGGGAAAAAAAUAUAAAUAUUAUGGUAAAUCAUAUUUUAUGUUAACGAGUAUUGAACAGUAGCUGGGAGUGAUAUUUGAAAUACCAAUGAUAGUUUUGCAAUCACUGAUAGUCUAUGUAUAAUAGUACUCUUUUUGAAAAAGAUUUAAAUCUGUUGUGAACAGUUAAGCUUCCAUGGUAUUGAUAGCUUUAAGUUAAUCAGCCAGAUCUCCAUCUACAUUGUAUUGUCGUAAAUGUAUUUCACCCCCGUGCACAGUUAAUAUAUCUAUUUGAAUAGAGACAGUUUAUCUAUUAUCACCGCAGUAACAUCCAUCAAAAAGAUAUAUACCAUUUCAAUCGUAAAGGCAAUUCUAUUUUCCCUUUGUACGCAAAUGAAGAGAUAUAUGAAGAAAUAUUUGAACCAUACUCUGAGAGGAUGAUGAAGUUAUUUAAUAACUGUUUGGUGUUUAUUAGGUGUGCAGUAAUAAAAUGGUAAAAAUUACAGAA